AUGAGUCUUUGCAAAAGUUGUCAAGAAGCCUUACCUGACUUCCCAUCCUCAGAUGGGGUUGGUGAUGCUCCUAUAGUUCAUAAUGGACCAUCAUCGAAGCCCGGCACGUGGGAAAAGAGAAAAGACCCCAAACAGCCAUCGCAAGCACAAUGGCUCAUGAAAGGGCGUUUCUCACUACACUCGUCUUGGGACACGUUUGUGGCGUCAUUGGAAGCUGAUUGUCCUCUCUGUUGGAGCUGCUGGCGGGCGAUUCGAUCAUCGCCAAUCGCGUCUCCAAGCGAUGAAAGAGUAGCCGACUUUCAAGCGACGAUAACUUAUGCCCAUUUCGAUAUCGAAGACGACUUCUUUAACAUCUGGGUCUGCCUUGGGGGUAUUGGAUUGAAGGCAAUGAGGUUUCGGCUGAAUAUCACAAAGACAUCAAGAGAACUCUUUGAAGAGACAGAAAGCAGGAACCCCAUCCCAGCCCAGCAUACUGCUCAAUCAGCCGCCGAGGUAGCGAGUCGGUGGAUUGGAGUCUGCGACAAGAACCACGCUUCAUGCCUGGCUCGAGCGACACCGCCUUCAGAUGCAAAAAUGCCCACUAGGUUGCUUGACCUCGGCACCGGCGAUUCGACGACGUGGCGCAUAAUCGAGACUCAGCAAGAACGACUUCCUUACGUUGCGCUCUCGCAUCGAUGGACUGAGAACACCCCGACGCUCCUGCAAAAGAACUAUGACGCGUACUGUGACUCUCAGCCAGAUGGCAUCUUGCCCCAGAACUAUAGAGACAUGCUUGAUAUAUGUCGUGCGAUAUCGAUACGGUAUAUGUGGAUUGACUCCCUCUGUAUCAUACAAGACGAUAACGGCGCCGAUUUCCGACAUGAAGCUCCCAUCAUGCUCGAUGUCUACCGCUAUGCCUUUCUCACGUUAAUGAUACUUUGGGAAUUCUCCGAUUCCACUGUCUUUCGCGACUGCCGACCCAACACCAUAGCACGACCUCGGCCACAGUCGUAUAAGCGCCCUGCAUUGACAGAAAAUGGCCCAAAUUCGCUCUUUACCUAUUUAAAGAGUCUUGUGGUAUCCAAAGGAGAUCCGUCAAGUCAAGACUCUAUGUCCAGCGCGAAUAACUACGCAUUUGUCAGGGUAGAAAACACAGGGAGCUACAAUUUUGACGUUAACAACGCACCUAUCAACAAAAGGGCAUGGGUUGUGCAAGAGCGAUGUCUGUCACGACGAAUUCUCUGCCUCGGAAACGAGGAGUUGUACUGGGAGUGCGAGGGCGACUCGUCGGGCCCGUUCAUCGCAAGUGAGACCUCUCCUUUAGGUGUCCCGCACAUAUCACGUCGCCAUGGCUUUGACAGUCUUACAGGCAGCGAUGGUGGCGAGUAUUGGAACUUGCUUGUUGAGCAGUAUUCCGCCUGCCAUCUGACAUUCGAGGAAGACAGACUUGUUGCAUUUUCCGGAAUUGCGAGGGCUGUUGCGGAGUCGACUGGUGAUACUUAUCUUGCUGGCAUAUGGCUUGAGACAUGGAUGCAGGAUCUCCUCUGGGUGCCGGACAUAGCAAGGGAACAACCUGCUCGAGUGAAGCCCACCACAAUGGGCACGCAGAGGAUGGUACUGCCUUCGUGGUCCUGGAUGAGCUUCUCGGGAUCGAUUAUUCCUGGUAUAUUAGUAGCUAAUGGCGAGGGACCGAGAAUUUCCAUGACAGAACCGGAUUCAUUCAAAUCCGACAGGUUUGACUGCCUGGCUCUGUUGGUUCAGAUGUCUAUUACACCGCCAGAGACUGAUCCUUAUGUUUCGUUUCAUCGGGCCAUUCUCCAAGUCAGAUGUCUCCUCAUUCCUGUGGAAUUUACAGGGAUUGCGGAUAUGCACAAGUUGCCAUCAUUCUUCCGGAUCACUCAGAACAUUGAGUCCAACUCAGCAGACCUAGAUUACUUGAGCCUUAUACCACGCGGAGAGAGAGAAGAUGGCCAUGCUGUGUUCACUUUGUCAUUCAGCAAACCAUUGAACGAAGCCCAUCGCUACUUCUUUAUCCCACUAUUUCUUCGCAAAGAUAAGUAUCAAGAAGUGAUCAAGUUCGGCCCCGACGACACUGAGGGCCAUGGAAUUAUUGUUGAAGAGACAGCCACAGACGGCGAACGUCAGUUCAUAAGAGUUGGGAGGUGGCAAGAAGAUAAUAGCUUGCCCUCUCAACUUGGUCCAUUGAUCAGUAACACCAUCGUACAGCAAGAAACUGGUAAGACGGUCAAUAACAGUACCGAAGAUAUUACGGAGCUUGAACGAAGUUUUGACUCUAAGAUGCACGAAUAUGCUGUACGGCAUGCAUCCUCAAUGGUCAACUUUCCCAGGAAUUGCACAAGUCAGCUGGACCAAUACGGGGUGCAUGAUGAAGAGCAGAAUGGCAUUGGCGCAGACGAAAACGGGCGCUUAGGUGAGAACCUGAGAGGAGAGUUGCAGGAAGAGAAGGAACAGAUAAUGGUCGACUCUGUUAAAUGCUCGGAUUUACCUCACUUUUCGAAUGCUGAGUGGUCUUCUGUCUCUCUAGUGUAG